CAGUUAGAAAUUGCGUUGUUCCACAGCAGUAACACUCGAUUUCUGAAAUCCGCAAUUCUAGAUGAAUAUUAUACACCAGGUAAAUAAUUAACAAUUAUUCGCCGAAGGCGAGGUGAUUAUCGGGGAAUAUUCGCCGAGACGAAAAAGUAUUUUUACACAAGCUUUUGUGUUUUUUGAGACUGAAUUUAUUUUAAUUUCGCUUAUUUCUUUGUCAGUAAACUUCCACAAAACGGGUAGCCGCCAUUGCUUAUUACGUCAAAUUUGACCAAUGAACGUGUAGGAUUUGUUAUGUUCACUUGUGCAAAAAUACUAAUCACAGUUAUACUGCGAACUGGAGUUGUAUAUUCAACAAAAAAGGUCGUCGUUCAACAUGCAAAUUUAUUGUAUUAAUGAUUACAAUAAGACUAAUUGUUCAAUAUCCUUAUUAAAACGACGAUGAUAUAAAGUCUAGGGUAUAACAACAAAACAGCUGUAUAAACGCGGCAAAAAUUGAAAUAUUAUAAAAGUGCAAAUAUCGUAUUAUGAAAGUGGAUACCAAGAAAAUAUCAAGAAUGCUAUCCCGAUAAAUAAAUAUUAAAAUAAAUUCAAAAUAAAUAUAUACCCUUAACCGUCUUGGGCUAGAGUCUAGAAAAAAACUAUUUAAAAGAGAGGGAGUUCGGGACAGAGCCCAGAGUUCACUGGUUCGGGGUAGGCCGCCAGGGUCCCGAGCACUAAUAAAACAAAGAUGGCGGAACAUGGGAAUGAAUGCCAUGAGGACAAAAAUUCACAUAAUGAAAUUAUGAAAGCAUGGUUACCACAAAUUGUUAGUAUAUAGGUAAUCAUGCGAUGGCGAGUUUGUGUCAGUUUAAAAUACCUUUCCGCCAUUUUGUUUGUUUUGGGAAAAUCAUUAAUUGUACUGCAGUACAAUUAAUGAAAUAAUUGUACUCCUCUCAACCAAUCAGAAUCCAGUAAUUUUGUCAUGAUAAUAAUAACCACUGUUAACUUGUUAUAGUUGUUAUCUUGCCAGUUAGUAGAUUCAAUUGCAUGUGUUAUGUACUUAUGUGUGGCUCAUUUUUGCAUGUUUGAGCGUUGUUAACCAAAGAUGUGCGACUUUUUGUACAUAUUGGAAUUGAAUUCUCCUCGAGCGUAAUUCGAGCAUAAUGGACGGUUUCACGAGCAUAAUGGGCUGUUUAAUUAAAACGAGCAAAUAUAGUAGGUUGUUUUAACGAGCACUGCCUCCGAGAAAAAUAGCCAUAUUUUCGAGCAUAAUAUACCCAAGCCUACUUGCAUUUUAUUGCCGUGGCAACUGCCAAGCCUAGCAGCCUAGCAAUGUCCGAUUAGCCGAUUUUCUGGCGACCAACCAGAAGGUCCAGAAACGUUUUGGUAUUUUGCUUUGCGUUAGGAGAAAUUGAAAUUUCAUCACAGGAAAAAAACUUGUAUUUUGAUAAAAUCGCAUAUUAUUUUGUUCAUGAUUAGGCGUGCUCAAUCGAGUUAUUGAGCACUUGGGAAGUUGAGAGAGCACCCAAAGCGCUUUAUCGUGAUGAUCAUCUCAAUUUUUGUUUUUGUCGCUACUUACGCUGGCACUAGGCAUGUCCCGAUUGUGCUCAUGAAAUCCCGAAAAGUUGUUCUCAAAAACAAAAAAGUUGCUUUCUAAGUUGCUCUCUAAGCAUAAAAGUUGCUUAAAAGUUGCCCGAAAUAAAAAAGUUGCUACUAAAAUUCAAAAAGUUUGCCUUUUUACGUUAACUUCACGACAUACGUUAAUUAAAAGCUUUAUACAAUUUCCGUAUAGGCCCGGAUAAAUUGUUUGGAAUUAUAAAGAGAAAACGUUUUCUUUACAAAAGUUUUACAAACAACAAAACAAAGGUCAUAAAAAAAAAUUUAAAAUAUCACAGAAAAUGAAGCAACCUCGUCCCCAGGGUCUUUGCUCGUGAUGAAGUUGUCUAUCACAUGUAAACAUUUCAUACUGUAAAGUUUGAACUCUAGUGAAAAGUUGCUCAAAAAUUUGCCCAAAAACGAAAAAGUUGCUUGAAGUUGCUCGAACCAAAAAAAGUUGCUCCAAACGCAAAAGGUUGCUCAAAAGUUGCCGAGCACAAUCGGGACAUGCCUAGCUGGCACAGAUUCGUUCCAGUAGAAUAUGUUACAGGUUCGAGAAAGUGUACAUGAGUAAACUACAGUUUAGUCCAGAACGUUCACAGAGGGCCCAUACUCUGAUCCAUUCAAUAUUGUCUAUUUUGAAAUAAAUUUAAUGGAAAAUCGAUUAAAUCACUUUAAAAUUUCCUUGAGUAGUAUAGACAUUGCUAACAAUUUAAAACACUUUACCUGAUAUUGACUUGUAUUGACUUGGUGGGUCUUAAAUUGUUAGUAAUGAUAUAUAAAAUACUACUGAAGCAAAUUUGGAAGUGCUUUAAUCGAUAAUUUCCAUAAAAUUUAUGAUAAAAUAAUAUUGGAUGGAUCAAAACUAACAGGGGAUGGACCUCGCUAUUAUAAAUGCAAGCACUGAUAUUUGCAUAACUUCACCCGUUAAUCCUGGCUAUUUUAAUGUGAAAGAUGAUUCCGACCAUGUAUCUUUUCGGUAAUAUUUUCAAAAUUUGUCAAAAAUUUUGCUAUACCUAUUACUUUUUAAUCCGAGCCACUCAAAUAUUUUCGCUGAUUACGAAAACGAUUUGCCGAUAAAACCGCUUUUAAAUGUUUCUUUUUCAGCAUACUUUUUCCCAGAUGGAAAGCAAAAAAUGCUGGGAAAUGCUUGGGACAUUGGCUUCCACAAAGGAUAUUUGACCUACAAUAAAAAUGGAUAUGUAUAUGGCUACAACAGCAAUAUUUAUCUCGUGCCUGAAUUACGUCUAGGUAAGUUUUAUUCAAUCAAACCGCAUAUAUUCAUAAUUGUCAGCCAAAGGUAUCUGGCUGACUGAGUGAUUUGACCCACAUGUGCACCCUGGAAAACAGGAAAGACCAGAUUCCUGAUCGAAUGUGCGCGCGAGCUCCUGUUAGACAAAGCCACAGAAUAGGAAGUUAUACCAGAAGCGUAACUCGAGCAAAUAUUUGUCCGCGUUUUUACAAGCGAUUCGUCAUCAAUCACGCCAUCCUGGCUAGUACAACCGGCACUUUGUACCUACCAAAUCCUGAUAAAAACUUCCGGCUGUACUAGCCAGGAUGGCGUGGCCUGACGUGAGCGAGUUAAAAUUUUCGUGGACGUCAAACAAUAAGGGAAACGACUAGAGUUACGCUUCUGGUAUAACUUCCUAUUCUGUGACAAAGCAUUUUACGUCGCUCGCAACAUGUCAGUAUACGUAUUUUAAAACAAUUUACUUUUACCCAGUACCUCAAUCAGUGGCCACGCGAUCUCGUUUUCUUCAGCAUGGCCAGUACCAUAUACUGUAAGUUCAGUAUUUCUUUAAACGAAAAUGAAAUGCUCCAAGAAAUUUCGUAAAUAUAGGCAGAGUUUGGCACUACAAUCAAAACUGUACAUGUGUUAAGUGAGUUGCCACGAAUUUCUCUCAUGGGCGUACGGGCCUAUUAAUCUUGUUUGGGGGGUGGGGCACAGUAUCAGUUUGCCCGACUGUCGCUAAUUAAUAUUUCUCCCCAAAAUUUUUGGCGAGCGGGGGGGAGGUCACCGAACAUUUUUUUCCGUACUAGAUACCGUAAUUUUCGCAAACAUACCAAAAUUUUCCGGACAUACCAAAAAUUUUUCAAGGCAUAACAUAAUUUUUCCAAAUUUUUUAUGUUUUGCCCGAAUCACGCAUGGAUUUCUGCCGGACCGUAAAAAUUUUGGGGAGGCCUGUGCCCCCCAGCACAUACGCCUAUGAAUUUUCUCUGAAAAUCGUGCAUGAAAGCCAUGCACGUUUUCUCUAUUUUGUCUCUAGAUUUUAUUGAUGUGGGGCAUCCACCUCAAUUCUUCACAUGUCGGUUGCAUGGACGUUCUCGACAAAUCCAGUUUUCCGAUCAUCCAAUAUUUUAUUACUGUUUAACACCUUUCUACUCAUUAGAUUAUACUCAGUCAAUGUUAUAUCCAAGUUCUGUUAAUUUAGCUGUCAACGUUUUCUCCACAUAUGACCAAGCAUUCGGUAAUAUACAACAGAAGAUACCCAAAUUGUAUGACUUAUUUCACACGGAGCUUGCAAAGCUGCCGCAAAACACGGUAAGUUGAAUAAUACUGUAUUAUUGCAAACUUACUAGAAAAUAUACAUGCAUGCAUGCUGAAACCCUCGUCUUGCUGACAAAACCAUUAUAUUUUUCGAACAUGAAGUAUUUAAUAUAGUUGUCAUGGUAACACGAUAAUUUUAAAAUUGAAAGUUCCCUAAAAAUAUAUAUUACAAAAUGAUCAAUUUCAUCCAAGAUGGCGGACAGCCCGUUAUUUUCAGCCAAAAUAUUUCAAGAACUAAGCAAGACAUGAAAAAUCAAAAACAUAGUUUUGCAUAUAAUCGAAGUUCUAUCAAAGUUCUAUUAAUUUUUAUUGCCAUAUACCCCUUUAGUAUGAUAUAGCAUUUUUCUACUACAUAAAAAUAGUAACUGCACAGAGUGCCAGUUUCCCUUCAAAAUUUAGUUAUUCGUAGACGGCGGGAAAUGUUUUUCUCUUCAUGCCACACGAUGAUGCGAAUUGAGCAUGCGUAGAUUGUGCAUGCUGCUGACGUGUACUGACUACAAACGAGGCGAACUACUAAAUUAUUUCAAGAUAUAAUCGUAUAAGUUUUGGUAGAAUUAUGGAGGUUAAGAAAAUGCUAAAGGCCCAAAAACAAUAUUAUGUGACUUGAGCAUAAUUCAGAACACUUUUAACUUACAAUUUGAUCCAUUCUGUUAACAAUAUGUCAAAGUAAAGCAAAACAAAAACGCGCGAAAAUUCUUGACUGAGCCCACAUGCAAUAUUCAUUGCCAUAUUUCAGCGACAUGGCCCGAUUUUUCUGUGUAAUUUCCGGUCCUGUCUCUAUACCAUGACGGUAAUAAACGUAGCCUGUGGAAUGUGGCAGUUGGUUUAAAGGUUAAUCGACUAUAUGACGUCACGGAAUGUCGGCCUUCAUUCGCCCCGCCCACAAAUUGCCUAGGUUCCAAUAUUUUCAUGCGAAAAGCGUUGAAAUAUAAAUAGAAGGACCUAGGUCUAGGCUAAAGUUGCCUUGUUUCUUGCAGCAAAGAACUCCCGUUUCUAAUCCGGAGAGGUUCAUUGGUGAAUAUUAUACAGAUGAAGUAAUAACACUCCAUAACGUUGCUGGGAAAAUAUCGAAAUACAAAGAAGAGAACGACACUCAUCAACAUUUGUUAUUCACUCUGGAAAGAUACAAAUUCCCUCUCACAUAUAUCGGUGAUUAUGUUUUCGAGAUGAUACAAGAAGAUCUUUGUAAUAAUUUUUUCUUGGGAAUCAACGGAGAAAGAAUUUAUUUCACGAAACCGAAGAACCCCCAAGAUAAAGUCGAGGAGUUCGUUAUUUAUGGAAUACAUUUGAAGGGAAUGGCGACAUUUCGUCGCAAGUAAAAAAUGAAUAAUUAAAUGGCAACGUGGAAAACAUAAGAAAAAUGGAAUGUGGAAACUACAGUGCCUGAAUUGUAGAAAAGAACUUGAAUAAAUUAGUAAAAUCCAAGGUCAAAUAUCCCACCAGUGAUUUGUAAAAUGGAAUAUUACAGGGCCUCUUUUUUAAGAAUUUGCCAGUGCAGGGGUGAUCGAGAAAAAGAGACCGAACACGGUUGUUGUGAACGGGAAAAGUGGGAACUUAUCGGGGUGUCUAGGGGUUCUCCUCCAGAACAUUUUUUGUAUUUUUAAGUGUCUGGAGCUUGAUUUUCGGCAUUUUUAGACACAUUUAUUCAUAUAUUUCAUCCGCUAGACAAAGAUUUGGUCAUGGGAAUCCUAAAACACUCUUCUUAACUACGUUAUUACUCCCUUUUUUUGCUUAUAUUUUAGACAGAAGGGGGGACAAGUCCCCCCCCCCCCGUCUAUGGUAUUAAAAGAGGCCCUGGAAUAUUAUAUACAUACAUUCAGCCGCCUCAACUUUUCAAAACAGUAAUGUCAUUAAUGCUUUUUUUACAAAUUCGUUAAAUUCUAGAUAUACUACUAUUCAUGGUAAUGUAGAUGAAAAAAGUAUUGUUAGACAUUUAAUUGUAAAUACGUAAAAAUCCUUUUCAAGCUAGCAGACAAUUCGGGGAGAAAUGUUAAGAAAAAACUGCCUUGAAAAAUAACGUUUUUGUCACUCAAGAUACAAGUUAUUAAAAAAGACACUAUUGUAUAAAAUUUAUAGAAGACAAUACAGUGACCUCUGUACAACAACACACUGACAGUAAAUGUCGGCCAUCCAAUGUGUUCGUUACAUGCAUGGUGG